CUUGUCGGUAAGAUGUUAAACGCUGUCGGUGUUUCUAUCAUAAUUUCGAUUAAAAAUUAAUUUAAAAUAGAAAAGAAUGAAAAAUAAUAAAAUGUUUUUUAACAACUAUGUGAAAUGUGUUUAAAUUGAAAUGUGCUGUAAUUUCAAAACCAAGUGAAGGGGUGAUUGUUAUUUUUUAAUCAUCCACCUAAAUUCCACCAGCUACACGACACGACUUGUCUCCCUUGUCGUAGCUUCAUCUUUCAAUUUCAAUCCAUCUGUGCAUUUCUCGCGUUUCCCCAUCUUUCUUUUUCUCAAUUGAAAUAUCGUCACGCGUGAAAAGUCGCUUACAAAACAUCUGUAGAUGAAUUAAAUUAAAUUAAAUUACAACAAAAUAUCGUAUAGCAAGGUGUUUGUGGAUUGUGGAUGUGGAGUGAUUUCGGUUUUUUUUUUGACGCGUCUAUUCGUGAUUCCUAAAAUCUCGUGGAUGGAAAAAAUUCCUUUAAAAAAAAACGAGAAACUUAAAAAAAUGUAAUCUCUUAAAAACACACCCUAAAGUAAGUGUCGGUGUUUCUUUCUUUAUCGUUUGGUGGGGGUAGUUGUUGUGUUUGCCUAUCUUAUCUCUUCCUCAUCAUCAGUGUCUUAUCGGGUCGGUGGCAUUGGAAUGCGGUGAGAAAAAGUGCAAGUGCUGUGAAUAAUAAUUUUGUUUCCUCCCAAAUCAAAGUGAAUACGAAACAAGACGCCAAAUAAAAAUCAAGAAAAAGUGGAAAAGUACCUUAAGCAGCACGAUUUUUAACGUUCAUCUUUCCGCGCAACUAAAAUUCCUACCUACAAUUUUUGGUGUGGAGGAAAAUCUGGUGUUGUUCAACUCUUUUUGAUGGUGGUUUCGGUUUCUUCCUGUUGUGUGUUUGGAUCCAUUAUUUAUCUCUUUUUAUCCGUCCACCAGCAUCAUCAGCAUCAAUUUCAGUAUCAAAAUCCAGUUUCCAGAAUUCAAGUGGAUUAAAGUUCGACAAUAUCAAAGAGAAUAAAAAAGAAAAACGAGGAACACUUUCGUCGGCAGCUGUAAAUGUCAAACAAACGUGACAUAAAAUAUAUUUCCUAUUUUCUGUGCAAUAAAGUGUCCCCAGUCAGCUGGCCAGACGAACCUAAAUAGAAAAAAAAACCACAGAAAGAAUGUUAAAAAAAUUCAAGACAGACACGAUUCUAUUAAGAACACACAAGAAUUCCCCAAGCCAUAUGUGGCAAAAUAUCCAUUAAGUCAAGUGGAAUAAAGAAAAUAAACAGGAAAAAAAAAGUGUUGACGAUUUAGUGCCGAAAUAAAUCAAACAAAAAGGGCCCUACGAUACACAACCCCGUUUAUAUUGCAUACGUCAUAUCAAACGACACACUAUAAACACAUGCGGUGAAGAAAACAUUGAGUCGCGUGCGUAUAUACCUAUGAGCGGGUAUUUGUUGCGUGCCUGCGGUAACCGUUUGAUAGCUAUCACAGCUCACCCCAAUAUACAUCAUUACCGCAACUUUCUUGUCAACACGAAUCUGAUGAUACCUACUUGCACUUGUAAUUGAAAUCCACGGAGGUCUUAAAACAGGUGUUUAAUUCGCGUCUGUCGCCACCAUCGUCAUUUUCGUCGUUCGUGUCGCGCGUCGUCGUUCGUCGUCUCUUCUAAGUCGUCUAUAUCGUCUUCGUGUCGCUUAACUAGUUUUUAUCAGCGUUAUUGGCUCAUCAUUAACACUCACGCGUUAUGUCUAUGCGUAGUAAUAAAUUUACCCAUGGUAACAAUAACAACAACAACAAUAACAACAGCAACGGUAAUAAUAACUCCUGCGGUCCCCAAAUUCCCCUUCAACAAUAUCUCCAACACCAACAACAUCAACAGCUUCAGCAACAAUUGCAACAACAGUUCCAACAACAAGCUCAACUUCAACAACAACAUCAACAACAACAACAACAACUACAGCACCAACAACAACAGCAGCAACAACAGCAACAACAACAACAACAGCAUGUAAUCCAAAAUAGCCGCAACAAUUUAGCCAAUCUAGUUGCUGCCAUAAACAAUGAGAACUGUUAUCAGUUAUCGCCAAGCUUUCCAUCAGAAACGCACAAACAACAACAAUUCCAAUAUAUUGGCUCUGGAGGUGGCGGCGGCGGUCAAUACAUUCCACAGAAUUCGGUAGUUGAAUUGAGUUCACCGGUUACAGAUCCAGAAGAUCAAUCUCAACAGUUGUGUGUUGUUGCCAAAAUGCAGAAAUCCGUAACAAUCACCGUUACGCCACAGCGAAGUAAUUCGCUGGAUGUUCUUAAUUUCGAAGAGAAACGUCAGCUGAUUGCAUCUUCGCUGUCACUUUCGGAUAUUUUGCAGUGUGGACCGGCAGCAGCUGCUGCAGCCGCAGCUAAGGAAGUUGCAGCAAAUACAGUUAUAGUUGCAAAAAAACAAAAUGGUGCUGCAAUUCGAACAAACAGUUUGGGUUCCGGUACACGUACACCGCCUCUGGAAAGAAAAAGCAAGCUAAGUGCAUUGGGAAGAUUUUUCAAACCUUGGAAAUGGCGGCGAAAAAAGAAAAGCGAAAAAUUUGAAGCUGCCUCAAAGUCACUUGAGAGAAAAAUUUCAGUACGUGCCAAUAGAGAGGAACUUGUCCAAAAAGGUAUCCUGCUACCAGAGAGUCCAUUGGGUAAUAUACCCGAACCAGGUGAAGAAUCCUACUACAACCAAUCAUCCAAUGUUAACGGUUCUGUCCAUAAUAAUUCAACGAUACAAAAUAAUUCCACAACAACAACUACCACUGGUACAGCUGGUACAAUUAUAUCCCAAUUGCAACAACAUCAUCAACAACAGCAACAACAACAUCAGCAGCAACAACAACAACAUCAGCAGCAGCAACAGCAACAACAGGCAAAUGUGCCUUCGUCGCAUUCUGUACAGCAAUUUAAUUCAAAUCACAACAACAAUCACAACAGUCAUCAGAAUAAUAAUUCUGGAAUCGGUGGUUUAGGUGGAGGAGGCGGUGGAGGUAAUGGCGGUAGUGGAAAUGGCGGAGGAGGAGGAGGCAAUGUAAAUAACAGUCUAGGUGUUAAUUCAUCAGUAUCACAUUCCCAGUCGGCACCACAUCAAUUGGGUCAACCGCCACCAUUAACUCCAUUGGCACAACAUCACCAGGCAUUGGCAGCACAGUUGCAAAAACAUUUCGCCAACAACAGUAUCGGUAAGCUAAUUGCUAAUACCGAUGAUGAUAAUAAUGGUAAGAGCUCAAAUUCUACAAACGUUACUAAGCAACCCAGAAAAGACAAGACUGAUGCACCAAUCGGUGGUAAUGGCACACUAUCACCCAGCACUGAACAGCCAUCAUGUCAAGGCUCAAUGUUACCACCGCCAGGAGGCGGUGGUGGUGGUGGCGGCGGUAGCAGUGGCGGUGGUGGCAUGAAUUCCAACAUGGGUAGCGGUUGUGGCAGUCAAAUGGAUUCGCACCAGAAUUCCAGAAUGGAACGUCCAAAUACAUUGGGGACAAACAAAUCCAAUCGACGAGUCAAUAUUUGCUACCACAAUGAUCAUUAUCCUGAAGGCGGUGGCCCACCAGGAAGUACACCACCUCCGUACACAGGUGAUGGUCAUCAUAAACUUCCAGGGCAUAUUUUAUUGUCUGACCUUCCAGAGCCUCCAAUACCAUUGUCGGAAAUUGGACCCAUCCCACCACCACCGAUGUUUUCAACGCCAAGUCCAACGUUGAUAGCUGGACGACCACAUGGACCGGGAGCUGUUAACGAUCAGGAUUAUCAGGAUUAUGACUAUGAUCCUGAAAAUGAUCAAGAUGAACUUGAUUCGGAAGAUGAAUACGCAUUCCAACUGCAACAACCAAAUCAAAAUAUAGACACGUGUCGUAUUGAGGAAAUUCCAGCCAAAGAGCCCAGACCAAAUGCAGUUCCUCUUAAAUCAGCAUUGAAAAAGAAACCUGGUCAGUCGAACUCAUCGCCUGGAACCCCAACCCAAGAGCAGGCAAACAAUGCUGGUGGUAGUUCAUCGGGUGGAGGCGGCGGCGGUGGAGGUGGUAGUGGUGGUGGUUCGUCAUCAUCAUCAUCAGCGAAUCAGAGGCCAUUGAUUGUGAGGCAGGAGGCUAAUAACUAUUCAUUAAAACCAAUUUUACGGCCUCGGGUUAGGAUAUGUAGGCAACAAAUGUUCAAUAUACCAUGCCAGGUAGAGAACAAGGAAAACACUCGACCAAUUGUGAUAAACGAGAAUAGUGAUAGUGACGAAGGUGACGGACGGAUUCUCUACCGUGGCAGCGAUGAUAAUGAUCGGCAAGCGAAAAUCGCUCGCAAAGAGAGUCUAUCGCUGAAAUUACAACUGCGACCGGACAAACAGGAUUUAAUCAACCGAAAUAUCCUGCAUCAGGUGACAGACAACGAGAUCAAAGAAUCCAAGGAGGCAAUCGGUGCUCGACUUAUACGUCGAUUAUCGAUGCGUCCGACUGCCGAGGAAUUGGUGGAAAGGAAUAUUCUAAAGAGUAAAUCACAAUCACCCGCCGAAGAGAAGAAACAGAAGGAAGAGAAGAAGAGCUAUUUGCUAAGGAAGCUUAGUUUUCGACCUACUGUCGAAGAACUUAAAGAGAAGAAAAUCAUUCGGUUUAAUGAUUAUAUCGAGGUGACACAGGCGCACGACUAUGAUCGAAGAGCUGAUAAGCCAUGGACAAGACUGACGCCUAAAGAUAAGGCUGCCAUACGGAAGGAAUUGAAUGAGUUUAAAUCAUCGGAAAUGGCAGUGCACGAGGGCAGUCGACAUUUAACGAGGUUCCAUAGGCCAUGACAGUUGCAAUGGGAGAAAGAUUUUUACAAUUUUGUUAAUGUUCAAAUUAACAACUCACAAAUAGUAAUUAUUAAUAUCAACUAUAAAUGCAACAACUCAGAAAAUGAUGUCAUCGCCAAUAAUAAAGCCGCCUAUGUCGCCGCCGCCGUCGCCACCGCUAUUGCUGUUGCAGCUCCUGAUUUAACUACAAAUAAACCAACAACAACAGAAACUUUAACAAAAUUAAAAGCAGUAGAAAUUUUAGCAGCUGAAAAAGUUAAUGUAGAAAACACCAAUAAGAUCAUUACAAACAGCAACAACAAAUCAACAAAAUCUUCAAUACCAUCGAUUAAAUUAUCAUCAUCAAUAGAACAACAACUUAAACUACAACAAAUACAACAGCAACAAAAUGGGUUUCAAUUACCAAAUCAUCAACUUCAACAACAUCAACAUCAACACCAAUCAGAACAAAAUCAUUGUUUUCAAUUAAAAAUGCUUAAAAAAUCCAUUCUAAAAUUCUAUCAAUUUAAUGAUAAAUUUUUGAUUAAUUAUUUAAAUAAUUAUUAUUAUCAUUUUCAUCAAUACGAUGAAAACUUUGAAAAUAAUUUAAAAAUUAUUUUGAUCAAUAAAUAUUUGACAACAAUGCAGUUAAUAUUGCAAAAGUAUAUUUUUGAAAAUUUACUAAUUUGGAUAUUAAUGAGAAAUAAUGAAUUGAUGCAUACAAAUUGUUUGUAGACAAAAACACAACAGAAACAAUUUUUGAAAGUAUUAUACCUAUUUAAUGGAAAACAAGUAAAUGAAAACAAGGUGUUAUUAAAUUGAGUUAAAAUGGAAAAAACAUAAAACUAAACAAAUAGACAGUUUAUUAUCAUUAUUUAUGUCUGAUUUAUAAUUUUUAUUUUUUUAUUUUGCUACAAAAAGUUAGAAAAAUCCUUCAGCAAAUUCAUAUAAACAUUAAAACCAAAAAUGAUGAUGUAUUGAUCACGAAGCAAGGAUACUGUGAUAGAAACCUUUUUCUCUUUUCCUGUUACAUCAAAUAAAAACAUUAAAGACCUUGAAAAUACUUACAAGACAAAUUUCAAGUAAUGUAUGUAACUCAUAAAGAAAUUAUGAACAUUAUUUUAAUGCUCAAUACAAGAAGGAACAGUGAAGUUUUUAUAUAAAUAAGCAAUUAACUCAUUAUACAACUCAAAGUUACUCAAUGAAAAACUUUUAAACAAGGCUUUGG